AACACGAGAUCGCUGAUGAGUGAGAGCAUCGUCCCCAUCUACACCAAAAGCGCCACAAACUCAUCACAUCAACCUUCACCUGACACACUUCCCAAGCUCACCCCCCCACCAAACCAAAGCUAUAAAAGCUCGUCAAUUCCCACCGUCAAACACCACCCCCCAUCGCAAACAAUCAACCAACCAACCAACAAACUUCAUCAACACUCCAAUCUUCGAAAAAAAUCACCUACAUCCAGCAAAAAUGCAAUACACAACCCUCCUCACCCUCCUCACCGGCACCACCGCCGUCCUCGCCGCCCCCGGCUCCCCCGUCCUCCCCCGCCAGGCAACCCCCACAAUCUACGCGCGCUUCUACCCCGACGGCGGCUGCCACGGCGACUGGGUCGAGGAUGUCGUGUUCCCCCAGAACACAAACGACUGCAUUGCAGUCAACGUUGCCGCGACAUACGGCAGCAUUGGGUUCUUGAACAACACUGCGACUCGCACGCUCAAGGUGUAUUCUGAGCCUGGGUGCGAUGAGAGUGGGCGACACUUUGAGUUGGCGCCGAAGGAGUUGAACUGUUUUGCUCAGCAGGUCAAGUCUGCCAAGUUUUUGUAAGCUUGAGAGAUGAAAAUGUGUGAGAGCUUGAGAGAGAGUUGUGGGGGAGAUGAAGGGGGGUAUAUGAGAUGGUGUUGGUAGAGAAGGUGUGGAGGGAUAUAGUGAAGGCAGAUGCUGCUGGAGCUUCACGUUCUUUUGAUCUCUGCCAGAGUGCCGGGCUCUGGUUGGAGAUAGUUGUCUCUCCUUAGCAUUAGAAAUUCGCCUCAUGGCAAGGAAUGCGAUUGAUAUAUGUCUAAUCAUUUUGACGUUCUUAUGGCGGU